AGAUGUUGAAAAACAGGCAGGAGAAAAAUUCAGUGGCUCUUUAAAGGAAGCACAACCACUCAACUUUCAUAUAUCUGGUUUCCCAAGAAAAGCAGAAAAUGGCCAAAUUCCAGGAACUAGUAACAUUUGAGGAUGUAGCUGUGGAUUUUACCCAGGAGGAAUGGAAAUACCUGAACCAUCCACAGAGAACCCUAUACAGAGAUGUGAUGCUUGAAACCUACAGCAACCUUGUCUUUGUGGGAUCUAAAGACCAAGAAGGUAUAUAUCAUUUAUCAACCUCAGAACAGCAGGUUACUAAACCAGAUCUCAUUAUUAAGCUGGAAGUAGAAAAACCAGAGCCAGAAGAUGGGGAAAUUUCAGUUUGGAGCUUUCCAGAAGUCUGCCAAGUUAAUGAACCAUUUGAGAGACAAUAUCUGGAUAAACAAAAUAAUUAUUUGUUGAUGCAAGUUGGAUUUCCUGAUGAUAAAAUAGAUACCAAGAAUGGCCAGAACUAUACUGAAUUUGGAAACACAUUUCAUCUGAACACAAGCCUUGUUACAAUGCAAAGAUCCCCUAAAUUGGAAUCAUUUGGAAAUCAUAUGGUGGAUCAUUUAAGCCUACUUGGUAGAAGCACUACAGAAAAUAAACAUGAUACUGGAUGUGCAAAAUUAUUCUUCCAUACAGAAUAUGAAAAAACUAAUUUCAUAGUGAAACCCUAUGGAUAUGAAGAAUAUGAGAAAACCCUCAGGCAAAAGAAAGGUCUUAGCCUUCAUCAGAGAAUUAAAAAUGGAGAGAAGCCUUUUGAGUGUACUACAUGUCAGAAAACCUUCAGCAAAAAGUCACACCUCAUUGUACAUUGGAGAACUCAUACAGGAGAGAAACCAUUUGAAUGUACCGAAUGUGGGAAAGCUUUUAGCCAGAAGUCUCAGCUCAUUAUACACCUCAGAACUCAUACAGGAGAAAGACCCUUUGCAUGUCCAGAAUGUGGCAAAGCCUUCAGAGAAAAGUCAACUGUCAUCAUACAUUAUAGAACUCAUACAGGAGAGAAACCUUAUGAAUGUAAUGAAUGUGGGAAAGCCUUCACUCAGAAGUCAAACCUCAUUGUCCAUCAAAAAACCCACACAGGAGAGAAAACCUAUGAAUGUACCAAGUGUGGGGAAUCUUUCAUACAGAAACUUGACCUAAUUAUACACCAUGGUACUCACACAGGAAAGAAGCCUCAUGAAUGUAAUGAGUGUAAGAAAACAUUCAGUGAUAAGUCAGCCCUCAUUAUACAUCAGAGAACUCACACUGGAGAGAAACCUCAUAAAUGUACUGAAUGUGGGAAGUCUUUCAAUGAAAAGUCAACCCUCAUUGUGCACCAAAGAACUCACACUGGUGAGAAGCCCUACGAAUGUGAUGUGUGUGGGAAAACUUUCACCCAAAAGUCAAAUCUAGGUGUACAUCAAAGAACUCACUCAGGAGAAAAACCAUUUGAAUGUAAUGAAUGUGAGAAAGCCUUCUCUCAGAAAUCCUAUCUCAUGCUACAUCAGCGAAGCCACACUGGAGAGAAACCCUAUGAAUGCAAUGAAUGUGAAAAGGCAUUUUCUCAGAAGUCCUAUCUCAUUAUACAUCAAAGAACUCAUACUGAAGAAAAACCCUAUAAAUGUAAUGAGUGUGGGAAAGCAUUCCGGGAAAAAUCAAAGCUCAUUAUCCAUCAGAGGAUCCACACAGGAGAGAAACCCUAUGAAUGCCUUGUUUGCUGGAAAGCUUUUAGCCAGAAGUCACAGCUCAUCAUCCAUCAGAGAACACAUACAGGAGAAAAGCCCUAUGAAUGCACAGAAUGUGGCAAAGCAUUCAGGGAAAAAUCCACAUUCACUGUACAUCAAAGAACUCACACUGGAGAGAAGCCUUAUAAGUGUGCAGAAUGUGGGAAAGCCUUUACCCAGAAAUCCAACCUUAUUGUACAUCAGAGGACCCAUACAGGAAAGGAAACCCAUGGAAGAGGCCUCACCCACAAGUCAAAACUCAAUAUGCAGUAUGGAACAAAGUGAUAGUGUCUUUCAUAUGCCCAAAAGGAAAGAUGUGUUGAUUUAAUGUUUAAAUUAGACCUGAAUUCUAGUCUAAUCAUUAGGAUAUAUUCAGCAUUUCUUUUCAUCUGUUUUCACCCUAAUGUAGAUUGAAAAAUAAGCAGAUGUGUAAUUUCUUUGGAAACCACUCUAACCAUAAGGCUGUCAGAAUUAAGGCAAUAAAACACCAGUGUAGGAGAUUUCAGGGCUUCAGAAGUGAGUCAGCAUAGUUAAGAACUCUCCUCUGAUAAUUAAAACACACUCUAAGGUGCAUGACCAGAGACAGCUGUGACAAAGACUACAUGAGGCCUGAGGAGAAACAGGAAGACAGACUUUAUAUUUACAGAAAGUAAUCUAACAGAUUUGAAGGACAGCUGGAGAUGGGGAAGGAAAAUGACAGGAUAUAGUUGGUCUUGUUUGCUGAUUUAGGGAAAGUAAGGUAUGAAAGAAGUAACAUAAGGUAAGGGGUAUCUCAGUUGUUUGAAAAACUGAUCUGUCUAGAGUAUGACCCUGGCAUCUUCCCCAUUAAGAACCUCUGGCUAACAGCAAGUCCAACUGUUCUCAUUCAAAGAAAAGCAUUUAAAAGCAAUCAAAUUUACAAAAACAUUUCCAUUUCUAGGGAUACAUUUUACUCACAUGUAUAAAAUGAUCAAAACACUGAUAUUAUUUGUUGAUGUGGUGUUUGAAAAUGAAAACAAAAUAUUAGAAUCUGUCAAAAUGGCAUUUUUUUGCUUCCUGAAACGGAGAUAUUCAUACCACACACUCAAGGAAAAAAGAACAUGGAUAUUAUUUCUGUAGAAAUUUGAGGUACUCUCCAAGUUACAUCAUUAGAUAGGAAAAGCAAGGUGCAGCACAGUGAGUAUGAUGUUCUUCCGUUUGUAUAUAAAAAGGAGAAAAUGGUAAGUACAGAACUGAUUUAUGUGUAAGCUGUUUCUGGAAAGAAAUAUAAAAAUCUGAUUACCAUUAUCUUAUUGAAGGGAAUGGGGCAGUAGGUGACUAGGGAGAUGAAACAUGUGUAUCUCUCAUAGUUUUAGAAAGUUGUACAGUGUGGAUAUACAACUAUUUUGAAAAAUAAAUCUUGAAAACCACAUUUUAUUCCUUUAAUAGUUAACUCUAGAUACAGAAUCCAUAACACUUAAUGUAUAUAAGCUCAACAAAGUUUAUUUUCAGUGGAUAAAUUGAAUAACCAGAAAACAAGCAAAUUAUUCAAUCAAUUCCCAAGAUAUGUAGGCCUUUUUUCUAAACAUGAAGUGAAGUGAUUCUAAGAUCACUGGACCAUAUUAUAUAAGCCUAAAAUAACUGAAACUGGAGCAUAUUUUCUAUUUAGGGUACAUAGUGACACCUGUAGGAUGUUACUUUAUUAAAUUUCAUUGGUACUUUUUCAAAUCUUAAACUGAUUUAAAUGACCACACAUACACUUUUUACAAGAAGCAUAAAACACCAAUUCAAUAGAAAGCAGAAUAACUUGCUCCAAAUAUGCUACUAGUGCUAGCAACAUGGAUUUUCCAAGUUCAGAAUGAAAUUGAGACCCAUGAGAACAGUAUAACAACAUUUACUGCAGAACAAGAUAUCUUGUUUGUGAAUUACUGUAUUUGUAGCCCUCUUGCUAAUAUGGCUAUUCAUUGGUAGUAUUAGUAAGAAACCCAAGCUAUGUAAAACCUGGAGAUCAGCAGGGUUUAUACUUAACAAAACAGAUAAAUUAGACUUGAGAGUCUGUCUGUGCCUUUCUAAUCACCUUCUUAAGAGAGUGUGUGUGGUUUUUAGACAUAAAGAAAACCAGCCCACAAAUCACAAUUCC